AUGGAGUUUGAGAAGGCGUGGAAGCACGGGAACCCGCGGAAAGCUCUACUAAAACAGUGCAGCGGCAAAAUGAAAAGAUGUUCUCCUGUCUUCAACACUAUCAAUGGAGUAGCUGUAGGUGAAGAAACCCUUCCAAUUUGGGGGGAACACUUCAAGACCUUGCUGAACCGACCAGCACUGUCGGCUCCUGAACUCGAACACGUUCAAAGCCCGAUAAAUGCGGUUAACGAGGAGCCACCGACCGAGUCGGAGGUCCUGGUCUGUAUUCAAAAAAUGAAGAAUGGAAAAUCUGGUGGAGACGACGGGAUUAGCGCAGAAAUGCUAAAAUAUCUUCCUCCGUCUGGGAUUCGUGAGAUGACAGAGAUCAUCCGUUCAAUAUGGAUAGACGAAAGGAUACCUGAUUCGUGGAGACACGCUAUCAUAAUUCCCCUCCACAAGAAGUUAUCCGUCACGGAACCCUAG